CUAUCCUCCACUAUGCGUCCAUCAAUCUGGUUCUUUGCCUCCAUGGCUGGCUCUUGUUUGGCUCAGGGCGAUCUGGCCGGCCUUCUCUCUUCUCAAUCAGACCUCAGUACUCUGCUUGAGCUUGUUGGCUUGGUCGAUGGCCUGGCAGAAACUCUUUCAGCGGCUUCAAACAUCACGAUUUUCGCCCCAACCAACGAGGCUUUUGCCAAAGUCCCACGCGACGAACCGGAAGGUGCUGCCAUCGAGUAUCGCAACGAGACCAUCGCAGUCGCAGCACUUCUUGCCAAUCAUGUCUUCAAAGGAGUGUACCCUUCCGACGUCAUUACCAACGUUCCAACCUUUGCUCAGACCUUGCUCAAUAGCUCCUAUGUGACUGCCACUCAGCCAUUCUCCAACAUCACCGGUGGUGCUUACAACGGGCUGGUCAAGAAUGGCGACGACGUCUGUGUCUUGUCUGGAGAGGAGACAAUCUCCACCGUCACUCAAGCUGACAUCAAACUGGGCGAAGGCAUCACGAUCCACAAGAUCGAUACUGUUCUUUCCUUUGGUGCUCCUCUCCAGCUAUUCACAUACCGUGCUGGAUAUCGCGCCAUGAACGCCGCCCUCGAGGCAGCAAACCUGGGCUUUGAUGUUGGUCUGAGUGGUCCGGAUCAGAAAGGCCUCAACAUUUCUGACUUCACCAUCUUCGUUCCGACCGAUGCAGCUUUCGAUUCCAUCGGUUCAGUGCUUGAGUCGGCCGAUCUCGAGACACUCCAGGAAGUCCUCAAAUUUCACAUCAUCCCCAACAACGUCAUCUUCUCGCCUUCUCUUAGAAACGUCACUGUGCCCUCGCUUCAAGGUACCAAUUUGACCUUCACUGUUUUGCCUGACGGUUCCGCCUGGGUCAACAACGCGAAGAUCACCUUUCCAAACACCAUCUUGUUCAAUUGUGUUGCUCAUGUCAUUGACACACUGUCUUUCCCUAGUGCUUCCCCGGUUGCGGUCCUGCCGUUCACCAGUGUUGCGUUUGAAGGCGAUACAAUGACUUAUACAUCGACUCCUCGUCUUCUGCAGACCAUCGCCGCUGUCGCAACUUCUCGACCAAUUGCCAAUGCCACUUCUUCCAGCCCGCCUCUUGCUACCUAUACUGGAUCUGGCAUCAGCCUCGCUACUAGUGCUGCCAUGGUCAUGGCUGUGGCUAUUGGUGUUGCUGCCUUGUUGAUUUAG